GCUGCCCAGGCUCCGCGCUUACCCCAUCAUCGCGGCCAGCGCCGGGCCAGGAGGAUGCACGGCGCCGGGCUCUGAAGCAUGGAGGGGGUUCUGUACAAGUGGACCAACUAUCUCACAGGUUGGCAGCCUCGAUGGUUUGUUUUAGAUAAUGGAAUCUUGUCCUAUUAUGAUUCACAAGAUGAUGUUUGCAAAGGGAGCAAAGGAAGUAUAAAGAUGGCAGUUUGUGAAAUUAAAGUCCAUUCAGCAGACAACACAAGAAUGGAAUUAAUCAUUCCAGGAGAGCAGCAUUUCUACAUGAAGGCAGUGAAUGCCGCUGAAAGACAGAGGUGGCUGGUUGCUCUGGGGAGCUCCAAAGCCUGUUUGACUGAUACUAGGACUAAAAAAGAAAAAGAAAUAAGUGAAACCAGUGAAUCUCUGAAAACCAAAAUGUCUGAACUUCGCCUCUACUGUGACCUUCUAAUGCAACAAGUUCAUACGAUCCAAGAAUUUGUUCACCAUGAUGAGAAUCAUUCAUCUCCCAGCAUAGAGAACAUGAAUGAAGCCUCUUCUCUACUUAGUGCCACAUGUAAUACGUUCAUCACAACGCUUGAGGAAUGUGUGAAGAUAGCGAAUGCCAAGUUUAAACCUGAGAUGUUUCAGCUGUCCCAUCCGGAUCCCUUAGUUUCUCCUGUGUCACCUUCUCCUGUUCAAAUGAUGAAGCGUUCUGUCAGCCACCCUGGUUCUUACAGUUCAGAGAGGAAUAGCCACUCUGUAAGAGAACCAGUGUCUACACUUCACCGAUUCUCCCAGCGACGCCGAAGAACUUACUCAGAUACAGACUCUUAUAGUGAUAUUCCUCUGGAAGACCCUGAUAGACCUGUUCACUGUUCAAGAAAUACACUUAAUGGAGAUUUGGCAUCAGCAACCAUUCCUGAAGAAAGCAGACUUAUGGCCAAAAAAAAAUCUGAAUUGGAAGAUCCUCUUCCAUCCUUCUCUUCUUGAGGAAACGGAAGUGUCCAGCUUCCUCUAAGUAUUGCUAUGCAAAAGCUGCUGUAAUUAAACUAUGUUAUAGGGAGUAGUUUUUCCCUUAGGAAAAAGAUUUCUCUGCACUUUAUAGAAUAUUGUAAAACAAACAAACAAACAAAAAAAAACAACCCACAUACCUUUGAAGUGUAUUUUAUCUUUAUAUAGUUUAUUUGCAAGAGUAUUUUCCUAAUAACUUCACAGUAUGAAUGUGCAUCUUUUUUCUUUUUAAACAAAUGAUGGUGUAACAUUUUGACAUCCAUAAGGACAAAUGUAGAUAUUUUUCUAAAAAACUGUGAGGGACUGAGUGUGUAUUAUAGCUUAUAAACAUGAAAUCUUAUAAAAAUAAGGUUUCAGUUUGACAGAAGUGUAAUAUAUGUAGCUUGUGCCAUGGACCAAAUGGUCACUUUACCCUAGCUGAAAAUGAGUUACGAUAGCAGCUUGAUGGUGAUUGUACUGUAUUCCUUUAAGCAAAAAGGAAACAUUUAGUAUUCUAAAUAUUUUUAGCCCAAAUACCAUGACAUCGAGGAUUAUUUUACAAACCAGACUAUGCUGUCCUUCAUAUGUGAAGUUGACACUACUGAUUAGUCAGUACCAAAAUGUUGGGUUAAAGUAUUUAAUUUUUAUUUAUUUAUUUUUCUGUUGCAUCAGAAAAAUUACCUACCAAAUUCAAGAUGUGUAUACAUUAUUUACACUGUUCUAGAAAAAAAGAGGUUAAUGCUGUAGUGACCUUGCUCAUGUCCACAAGAGAAAUAAAUGACUUUCAAUGGAAGAGGAUUUUAGUGCUUUUUUCCUAAAAUAGACAUUAAGCUGCUGUUGUAACGUAUUAAUGUUUGCAGCUCUUUAGACUAUCUGGAGACAUUUUUGAUUUAUGAAUAUUUAUAUGAAAAAGAAAUUCUGUCAAGGUGACUGCUUUACAUCACUCGAGAGUGGCAUUAUUUAAUUAAAGAACAAAUACCUUUUUUUUUGGUAGUGCCUGUCCAUACCUAUUGUCAGUGUUUGCCUUGUAAACUGUUUUUUAAAAUUCACUUUGGAGUGAAGGUUUUGUCCAAGGUCUUGGAUGAGGAGCACUUUAAAACAAACUGGUUUGGUGUUUUUAAGUUAAUCAUGUGUUUAAUAAAUAUGUGGUUUUUGCAUUCAAAUUUAUCAUAUAAUACAUUGUAUUUUUUACAUUUAUUGAUAUUCUGUCUUUAUUAAGUGCUAAUAGUAUUCUUUAUUGCUUCGUUUUGUUUGUAUAGUCAGACCUCAUAGUGAACAUACAAAUGAGGCAUAUUUUUAGUUUUAUUGCCUAUGAGCUUAGAAUAGUGUGGCUUAUUUCACUUUAAAUUUCUCUUUUAAGUUUAUGUGGGAAUUUUUUUUUUAGUCAAUAUUUGUAUUUACUAAAAUAAAUCUGUAAUUAUAGGCUUUCUCCCCUAAGUUUAAAAUGGACAUAUACAAUCUGUAAUCAUUAAUAUACAUUUAGAUAAACUGUAUGCUACUUAAAGUAUUUGAUUUUAAAUAGCUUACAGUUCAUUAGACUAUAUCAAGUGGAAUCUUAUUCUCAUCUGUUGUACUUCAUAUGUCUAAUUUGAGAAAAAAAUGUUUGAUAAUAUAGUAAGUUUUGUGUUGAGUGAGUAAUCAUUUUUAGCUUUUUUUUUUAAUAGUAAGAAUUUGCAUAGUGAUGACCAUGGAGGUCAAGGUGCUACUGAUAGGGAGUUUUUCUGGUAGGGUUUUUUUUGUUUUGUUUUGUUUUUUUUUUUAACUAAUAGGUUUAUAAUGAAAACACUGUAACAAGAUUUUGAACUCCUAGAAGAUAAAUCCAUUAGAUUGCUUUAUCCAAAAAGCUGAAUUCCUGACCAGUUUUCUAUAAAUAUUUUAAAAAAAAUAAAAUAUCAUUUCUGGUUCAUAUCAUUUUUUCCCCUUGAAACAGGUGCUUUGAACUGGUUUGUUAUAUUCCUAAGUAUGGCUUUUAUUGUGACUUAAAGCCACUUUUUUUCCUUUAGAACCAAUAUAUUUGCAAAGUCAUUUUUUUAAGGGAAUAUAAAUGUAUCUUGAAUCACAUCUAGAUCUUGAUCAGUGAAUAGGUAGCACGAAGCAAUCUAUAAAGCUUCAGGGAAACUUGCAUUUUGAGGAGCCCUGUAUAUUUUCAAGUGUGCUUGACUUUUCUGAAUUUUAAGAAAAAGAUGAACCAAAUAAGAACAAUUAUGUAAGAAUUUUAGCCUGUCGGGAUUUUUUAUAAUGUAUAAUUAUUGGUUGUUUCUGUUUUGCUUUGUCUAAGCCAUGGGAUUAUUGAGAAAUUUGGAGACUCUUGGUAUAUCAGUGAUUGUCUAAGCAAAAGCAGUGCUUGCUUUUCAAGUACCUGGUUUCUAUUGUGUGGGAACUGCAGGCCUUUGUGAUUAAAGUGACUUUGAUGAGAACUCUUUUUUAAAUGGACCAAAUUCAAACUUUUUUAUAUUAUGUUGAAUUAUUGUGUUAUCUGCAAUCAGGACAAGUCCAGAAAUGGAUGCUGUUGAUUCAACUUUAAUUCCAAGAUAAGAGAUAAAGUAUCUUCAUUUUCACAGUUGCCAUGAAAGCUUUGACCCUGAAUUAUUUUGCUUAUUACAUUUAGUGUUUGGAAUCAUCACAAGAUCUCAGGAAAUGUAUCCUUGUACUAUGUUGAUAUUAUACUACUGUUUAUACUAAUCCCGUAUACAUUAUAAUACCAUUAAUUUGGAUUCUACCAGUUCUUUACUUUCAUUAAAUGAAGUGCCUCUGGGUCUGUCUUUUGAGCCUUGCUAUUGCCACUUGGUGCAGAGGGAGUGUCUUGGCCUCAAAGAAAGCCUGGUUAGACAACAGUAGUUCCAUUUAGGAGGUCUCUCUUUUAAUAGCCCCAGUGGGUAAGUAAAUUAUAGCCGGUACUUAGGCUCCUUUUUAUGUCUUUCCGGUUUCCCAAUCUUCCUUUCUUUGAAUUCAUACUGAAUUUGUAAGUUUAAAUUAUUUUAAAUUUAGCUUUAUUUUUACUAAAGUAAUUCAUGCAUAUAGUUAAAAAAAAAACAUCAUAUAGAACUAGAAGGCUUAUAAUAAAAAAGAGUACCUUUCUUUUCCCCUUGCUUAGCACCUUCAGCUCUUAGUGGUUGGUUGUAGUAUUUAUCUUUCUAUUUGAAAAUAGUUAUAUUAUUUUUUUUGAUUUAUCAACUCUAGAAAUGAUUCUUGAAUUCUUAUGGCAGGGAGGAUUUACUUAUAUUCCUAUCUCCCUAUCCCUCUCAAUAUAGAUUAAUCACAACUUUUUGUUAAAUCAGUAGAUAAUAAAAGUAGUUCACUCAUGAACCCAAUGGUUCAUAAACUAUCAUUUCCUUUGUACUGGAAUCUUAUUUUUCUCAAAAUUAAUAAUUGCUUGGUUUUGAUUCUUUUUUUAUGUACUUAUCACAGUGUUUACCCAAAAGCUUAAAUGCUCAAAAACGUCAGAUAAUCUAUCCAUUUCGCUUUCUUACUUUUUUGUCCUUUGGGGACAUUUCUUCCACAGUUUGAAGGAUCUUUUACUGUUUGGACUAUUGCUGUCCAGGCUUGCGCACAGCUUGGUGGUCAUUUUGGGACCCCCUUUCUUUUUUAGUCUCUGUUGUAUCUCCUGUUUAUUGGAUCUUAAUGACUUCCUCUUUCUUUAUUCAGUGCCCUUUUUUGCCAAAGUAUAUCCACCAUGAAAACUUCCUAGGAAAAGGUGCUUGAGCAGUAAAGAUUCUGAGACUUUACAGUUCUGAAAAUAUCUUUAUUCUUGAUUGAUUGGUAGUUUGGAGUCUGUUGAAAAUAUUUUUCCCUUACAAUUUUAAAUGCCCUGCUGCAUUGUCUUAUAGCAUUCAUUAUUCCUGUGAAAAUUCUGAUACUGUUUUUUUACAUGGGGUCUGUUUUUACACUCUGGAAGCUUUUAGUAGCUUCUUUUCACCCCCGGCACCCCUGACACUUCAUGACGAUGUGUGGGUUUUCAUUCAUUCAUGUUGAUGGGUACUCGACUUGGUGGAGUCUGUCAAUUUGUAGACUUGUCCACUUCAAUUCUGGGAAAUUUUUUGUGUUACCUUUUUGAUAAUUUUCUCUCCUCCAUUUUCUUCAUUCUUUCUUUCUAGAAUUGCCGUUAUUUGAAUGUUGGACCUCACAGAUUGAUCCUCUAAUUUAAAAAACCUUUCUAGUUGCUCCUUAAGUUGUAUUUGUUCUUUUUGUUAUCCUCUGGCUCUUCCUUUGAUUUUUUUUUUAGCUAUAUGAAAAUAUGAAAUUUUCAUAUUUCACAUUUUUUCAUAGUCCUCAAUUCUUAUUUUAUAGCCUCAAUGUCUUCUCAUUAUCCCUGAGGAUGCUUACCAGUUUUUUUCUUAUGCGUUUCCUGUUCAUUGCAUUGUUUCUUUUUUUUUCCAUGUUCUCAUUUUCUGUUUAUUUGUUGUGGACUAUGUCUUUCAUUCUGAAGGCUUUCAUAGAAAAUUAGGUCAUUCAUUCAUAUUAAGGAUAAGGGACCAGAAAAUUAAUUUCAUAGAUCUUUGUGUAUAGGCCAUGUUUAUCAGUUUUCUGAAGGGCCAUCAGGCAGAGAAUUGGCCUUUUUGUGGAGUCCCCUAAUUUCCAGUGGAGGUGUAUUCUUUGGAAGUAUUCAGUUUCUCUAGAAAGAACUCUUAGGUUCUGGCAGCUGGGUAGAAGAAGAGGGCUGAGGAGACCAUAGUUUGUAUGGUGGCUUUUACUUAAUCCCCCUAUUUUCAGUCUCUCAUGCCCUGCCCCACCCACCCCAGUCUUCCUCUGUGGUUCGCGACUCUCGGGUUCAGUUUCUCCUGUGGAUGGAAGUUGGGGCUGGGUGGGCCGUCUGCUGUGGAGGGUAAGGAGAGAACCUGGCAUCCAGUUGCUCUUUAUACAGACUUUUCGUCCUAAUUUCAACCCUGUAUCUCACUCCCUUUUUUUACAAUAGGUGGUGUUUCCCAAUCUUGAACUCGUUAGGGGUUUGGUAAGGUGUAUUUUUAGGUACUUAGGCUUUAACUGCCUCUACUUUGCUAGGUUAGUUAUUAUACUUCCUCCUGAUUUUUAUUUGUAUAAAUCUGUUGAAAUCUAAUGGCUUUGUAAUCUGUUCUCUUUGUCUUUGUCGAUUAAUACCAUUUAUAUUCCCUUAAUGCCUUUUGGUGGAGUUUGGGAGCUCUAGAAAAUAAAUACAUGGGUCAGUCUAUCAUAUUCAACUGGGAGUCUAGAUUUAAAUUCUAAUAGUGUGCAGAAAACAAAAUUUCUUUAGUAUUCUAUAAUUCUACUCUGUAAUGCUUUUCAAUAUGGUUUUACUGUACUGCCUACCUCAUAGAACUACUAUGAGGAUUAGAAGAAUCAGUACCUAAAAAGCACAUAGAAUAGUGCCUGGCAUAUAGUAUGCAUUAAAUAAAUUAGUUAUUAUUAAUAUUGUUAUUUCCAUUAUUAUUACCACUAUCACUCUUAAUUCAGUAAUCCACUUAGACUUGAAUGAAAGUGUUUUCACCAUAGGAAGAAUUGCUGAUACAUGGGGAAAUCUGGUAUCUGAUAAUAUCGACCCUACGUUUAACUAGACUUCACAUGAAAUUUUCAGGUGUUAAAUUUUAUCUAAGACACAGUAAAGCCUUAAAAAAUACAAUCAGUAAUAGUUUAAAAGUUUUUAAAAGUAUAUAAUAACAAUUUUAAUGUGGUUUUAAGCUUUAUUGGUAUUGUGUUUUUAUCAUCUAAAUAUGAAGUAUAGAGAAUAAAAUUGUGAAGAUGAUGUUUAUUAUGCCCUACCUAUAGCCAGUAGAUGUAAUACUCUGAUAUAUAGAGAAGAGGAAUAGAGAUAUAGUGGACUGUAAUCACUACAUCUAUGACCUUCUUGUGGGUGGCUGUAUACUUUUCAGAAAAUGUGAAUUUAUAUAAAGCAAAAUGCCUACAUUUGUUCAUUUGUUUUAAAAAUCUUCUUUGUAUCUGGAUUGAGGUUAUGAUAACACAAAAUUCUAAUUCUUAGAGGUGAAGUGGGAGGAGGUGAUCCCACUACUCUUUUUAUGGAUAGUGAGAUGCACAUUUUGAGGAAGGGGAUUUUUAUUUUUCUGGAGAUAUACAUUCUCCCUCACUAGAGUCCCAUGGUGGUGAGAAAUGGCUGUAAAUACCAGUACAGAUGAGAAAUAUCAGUACAGAUGAGAUGAGAAAUUUUUCUAUAAAAAGAAUGGCCGGUUGCUUAGUGUGAAUAAACUUCUAUGCAAAUUAUCAGGAUAACUUUGGCAGUACAGAUGAAACUGGUAGACACGGUCAGGGUAGGUAAAACAGUGCCUGCUGUUAGUGUGAUGCUGGCAUUUUGUUGUCUAGAUGUGAAUAUUACUGUCCUCUCACUGUUUGCUUUGAUGUUUCACCUCCAGAGCUUUGAUGUCUACAUCUUGGAGCCCUUAUGCUGCCUCUUCUCUAAAUGCGGUGACUAAACUAUAUAUUUUCACAGGAUGGAAUUUGCCUUUUCUGUCCCAUAAUGUGCUUUCCCUCAAAACAACUUUUGUUGGUCUCUUUGAUAAUAAAACAUUUGGAACACUUUCCAUGGGCCAGUUGCUUCACCUCAUUUUAACCUCAUAACAAGAUAUUAAAGAGAUACUAAAGUACAAGAACACAAGAGCAACCAAAAUGCACAGAACCAGGAUUAACGCAUAUGUGAUUGAUUAGAAUAAGGAAUAUUUUAUUACUAUAUCUUAAAAUACUAAGUGUUUAAGUGAUCCAGUUAGUAUUUUAGUUCUGGACUAGUAUCAAUUGCUGAAUAAUUGAGCAUGAAUUUAAUCACAAAACCCAAGAUUCGUGGCAGGGUGUAUUAAGUUUUGAUUAAUUGAAAUAGGUAAAUCAAAUGAACUAAUGUACGAGGAUAUUAACACAUUAAGCAAUUCCUUUGACAUCAGUGAGGGGUAAUAUAUUCAGAAUAUCUGACAUGAAUAAAAUGUAUGCCUCUGCAGCGAAUUUCCUCCUUAGUUUUAUUCUGUCAGAGUGAGAGGAGGAUGCUGUUGAUAUUCUUAGUUCUUUGAAAAGUUUGUCACAAAGACUGUUUACCCACUUCAAUCUCAAUACCAGGUUUGGUAGCACGGACAUAGCAACAAAGGAGAGCAUUGUGUCACGAGGGAUUCAUAGCUACUACGAGCUAGACUUACUCAUUUUUUUCUUUCCCAACCUCUCUUCAUAUUAGUAGGCAGAAAUGAUCAUUUUGGAUGAGAUGUAGCAGUUUAGGAAUAAAGAAAGUUAUGUGCAAUGAAAAAGGUGUUCUGGGAAAACUCUUCAGUCCCACUCAGUGCCAUCAUCUUUCUCUCUACACUCUGGACUUUAAUUCUGGGAGGGCUGGGUUAUUUCCCACCCUUCCUCUUAUUUUUUAAAAGCAAUACCUGAAGAUACUCUUUAUUAAAUGAUCAUUUAGACAAUAUGAAUAAAGUGAAAGUUCACCUUGACACUCUCACUUCCUGGGAUAACCACUCUUUUCUGGUGUGUAUCCUUCUAGACCUUUUCCUUGUGCAUUGACUUUUAUUUUAUGUAGGUGUACAUUUCACUUGUUCAGAGUAGCUCAUCAAUAACAAGAUGAUUAAACAGUGGCACAUCUAUAUGAUGCAGCUGGUAAAGAAGGAGAUGAGUCUAUAUAUAUUUACAAGUAUUUUUCAUAUGUUACAGUAGAAUGAUUCUGACUUCUGCCAUUAUUGACCUGACAGGCAUUCCAGCUCUUAUUUUCUUUGUAAUCUUUCUAUGCAAAGAAAUGUAAAUUGAUUGCUUUUUCUACAUGGCUAGAAUGAGACAAUCCUAGAGGGUCUAGUACUUUUCUUUAAUCGUGUGUGUGAGUAUAUGUGCAUGCUGGUCUGUGUGUAUAGUUUCUUGAUUGUAGACAAUGCAACUUGGAAUCAUUUUGUUUUGAGAUAAUAGCUUUAUAUUUAGUUUUAAAAUUGAUUUUACAAGUUUAGCUACAAAGGAUAAAACAAGUUUUCUGCAGAAGUUACCAUGACUUGGUCAAAAAAGAGUUGUGUUUUUUUUUGUUUGUUUGGCAGCAACCAAAAGUAUGGCCUAGAGCUUAUGGGUUGAGCAUCCAGAUUUCGGUCAGGGAAUGUAUACCUGAUUAAAAACCUUCAUUUGACAAAUUUAUAUGAUACAUUAGUAAACAAUAAUACCUUCUAAGUAUUACCACCAAAAUCAGACUCGAUACUUGAAUUAUAUAGGAAAUUUCUAUACUCUGUCCUUGUCCUCUGGUAUUUGUGGUUGCCAGGGGUUGCUAGGUUAUCCAAGUGUUUCAGCUUGCCUUCAGAAUUGGCAGACCCAGGAGACUGUCUGGGGCCCCUUGCCAUGAUGCCCCAUCUUGGCUGAGGCCUUAGAAUACAAGUCAUUACAACUCCUAUUUGUUUCUUAGUAAUUUUUUGGUUUGUUUUCCUGUUUUGCACGGGUUUGCCAGAGAGAAGUGUGUGGCAAUAAAUACUUGUGAUUUAGCAUCGUGACCAUGGAUGGCGUAUUGUCUUUUGUGUUUUUUUCCUUCAGUACCAACUGAUUAGUUAGUGUGGCUUCCAGGGAUUCUGAGUUUGAGGCUAGAUUAUCAGAGAGUGACCUUCCUACUUAGUUAAUGAUGUCUGCCAUGGACUUUGUGGGAGGGUAUGAGAAAUGGUGGCAAGGAUAUUCUGUCAUCCAGAAUAUAAGGCAAUGAUUAUGGCUGACUUUGCAUAACUUUGCUACAUUAUAUUUUUUGAAGCACUCAAAGUGGAACAACUCAUAAUUGAUUCCCUGUUUUCAGUUUCCACUAUUAUAUUAGGAUGAACUUAAUCAUACAUAUAUUUCUUAAAUGGAAACAAAAAUAGCCCAUCAUCUCUGUUCAGCCUGAGUGUAUAUGUGUACAUAUGUAACAAACACUGUUUACUUACUAGCAGUGCCUUUGUGAAUUCGAAGACAUUUGCAACCUUGACAUGGUGCUGCGGGGGUGGGGGGAAAUAACAACAGUGCCAUACUUAAAAAAAAAAAAAAAUUAAAAAGUAUGAGUUUAGCCAAGUGAAA